AAAAAAAAGAAAAAAGAGUGCGAUAUACUGUUUAUCUACCCUAUUAACGCGUACGUUUCAAGCCGAAGCAGAACGAACAUUUGAAAUAUUGUAUGCCGAUUUAUGUCAUUACGGUUUUCAGCUAUAAUUCGAUUCCACGUAUCUCGAAUUUUAAUCGAAUUAAAUUGGCGUCGAUGAGCUGUUUAAAGCGCGCUGUAUCGCAGCUAAUGAACUCGUCGAAUGUAACGAAAGCCGAAAGAAAAUCCGCUAGUGUACCGGUCUCGACGAGGUUUCUUCAGCGAUAAGAUCUCUAGAUCUUGGGACGAGUGAAUUUAUAAGGAAAGUCUCGCGUGGUUUCGUUCCUUCAUGACCGAGUGAUCCUUUCUUCGGUUUCGUGGGGAAACACGAAGAGGCCGGAUCUACGCUGCUGGUUCUCACAGUUAGGCGAAUGUCGGCUUGGAACCGCACAUAAUUAAAGAACAAGGGUGGUCGUUCCCUCUUGUCGUCUGAUAUUUCGGUAUAACGCACUGUUCUCUGAGCUGGACUGCAGCGUACGACUUAAACAAAGCUUGCUAUUGCGUGAAACCCUAUUAUGAAGUCACACGUGACCUGGGAACAAUGGCAGUAUUUAACCCUCCAAAACGUAUGACAAAAUCUCAGAUCUGUCUCCACGCGAUUCUCGGCUAUUUCUAUACAAGGAUGACUAAUGUAUCGUGACUGGUUUUGCUAUAUUACGAUAGAAAUCUCAUUUCUUAUAUCUGCCUAUAAUAUCAACGUUUAAGCUCGAAUUAUUGUUCUAUUUUAUCUUCUGAUACAAAGUAAUCAAAAGUUAUAUUUACAACUAUUAAAUACACCUACAGGCGUGAUACUGACGCACUACCGAUAAAAAUAGUACCGAACAAAUCUACUAAUGCACAUAUAAGUUGCGCAAUGACACAAUCGUCAGGUUCUGGUAAAUCAUUACCGUAAGAAUCGAAUAAAAUUUCUGAGAAUCAUCGGACGAAUGCUACGUGACAACGAUGAAAGGAACGAGACUCGAUAUACCUAACAGUGGCUUCUGUGUUUAAACGUACGACUAUCGUUGUGUAAUAGGCCGAAACUAUGGAAGCGGAGCACGUUAAACUCGACCAUCGAUCGGUAACCUUCUAGUCGCAAGCGAAUAAAAGACUUUGCGGUACUUAUUACGAAAUAUUCGCCACAGAUUCAGCAUCGGGAGUUCAAAUUGUAAAAGAGAAUCAGCAAAAAUUUCUGAUAACGGUUCAACUUUAUCGAACUAAAGAGAACGAUAGAUGUACGAUCUUUAUAAUAUCCUUAUUUCCGCGCUGUUGCGCAAACAUUGUCUAAUUAAAGUUAACCGCGAUCACAUACUUUCGCAGUUGAAUCAUCGAUUUAACGCAUACUUAUCAUCGUUGGCAUAGUGCAACCUGUUACGUGGUUACGGCGAAAUACCGUAUAAUGGAGAGAGAACCUCUCGGAUUAGAUCGAUUGUUCAGCGACCGUGGACUAGUGCACCGAUGCAACGCGACGCGCGGUCAUCGGCGGCCGAAUUUAAAACAAACUUAACGUCUUGUUAACUCGUUACGAUCGAUUAAUCGAGUUUAAAGUAUGAUCGAUACCAACCGACCGCGUUUAACCCAAUUUCAUUCGCGAUCGGUAAAACGCGCCCCACUUGCUUCCUGUAACAAUGGCAACAAAUCGCUUUCGCGAAUCAAAUCCAUGCCGCGUAUCGAUUUGCCAACUUGAGUUAAUCGCCUUUCCGAAACAGUCUAGAGAAGAGGUGAUCAAAUACCAAACGUGAAUCCCUCUAAAUUCAUAUCUGAAAACAGGGACCAUAACUGUUGUAACUCCAAUUAAAAAAGUUAUGAAGAUCGGCACGGUCGACAAAUACACCGCGAAGAACGAUCGUCCUCGAUGAGUCGGGGUUUGGCGAUAAUCACGAACAAGUAUAUACAACUGAAACGAUGCCGUCAUCGAAUUUAACGUGAAGCAAUAGAGCGGAGCUUCGUGGCCGAGUUGCGUAACGCGAAUACGGUGAGAACGCACACAGAAGACCGUGAAGAGACGAGCCUAGCGGGCUGGCUAGAACGAGUCCGAGGAAGAAACGGGAGAUCCUUCGCGGGACCAUCGGGAAUGACGAUCAUUCGGUUUGGGCUGAUGAAACGACGCCGAGAGGAAGACGUUCCAACGGUGGUACGAGAAUGACACCGAUCAGAACGGUGGUCGGGAUCUCGAGGCUCCUCGUCCUCGUACCCGUCACCGUCUGUGCAACCAUUUCUUACGUCAACCAACAACUGCCGCGAUGCAACGACCGAACACCACCUCCCCAGACGUUGGCAAAGUGUCGAUACGACGAAGACUGUAUGAAGAAUGCUUAUUGUUGGAACCAGGAAGCCUGUCUGUGCAAAGACGGUUUUAUCGUCUACAAAAAUCGCACGCAUCUGGAAUGUCUCAAAGUGGCGAAUGCUAUCGGGGACCCCUGUGAAGUGGACAUUCAAUGUCAGGUGACCUUCGCCCCUUACUCGGAGUGCCGACAAAGGAUCUGCCAGUGCUCCGACGGUUCUCACUACGUGGAAGGAAGGUGUUACGAGUCUGUAGGAUUAGGACUUCCUUGUCAAUCGCACCGGAAUUGCUACAUCAAAGACAGUUUCUGCGUGACAGGAUUCUGUGCGUGUACCUUGAACUAUCAUGCGAAUCCACGCAACGACGUUUGCAUUCCAAGUAUUGAGUUAGGUGGCAAAUGUUCCAAAGAUUACGAUUGCAUCGCGGAGAACUCGAGGUGCCUCGACUUCUGUACGUGCAAAGUGGAUCAUGUGCUAUCGAGCGACGGCAAACGGUGUUUGAAAAUUAGCGAAUCCAUCGGAGAACCGUGUCAAGAGAAUUCUCAAUGCCAGUUAUUUCAAAGGGAGUCCGAGUGCGGACCUAAUGGCAGAUGCAGGUGUAUCGAGUACUUCCAUCAACGCGGUUCUAUCUGUCUCAAAGAUACGUUGUUGAGUGACAGAUGUCAAAGUCAUAGAGAGUGUAUUACCGAAACGUACAGGGACUCCAAUUUCACCGAGGUGAUGAACGUUGAUUGUAUAGAUGGCUUUUGCAAAUGCGCCAAGGAUUACAUUAUGGCAGAGGAACUGCACGAUUGCAUCCGAUAUAGCGACAACGGCGCUGCGACAAUUACAGAGUACUGGCAACAACUUCCUCUAGUUCUAAAUUUUGUAUUUUUUGCGAGUUUUUCAUUGACUUUGUGAAUAAGAGCGACACAGUCGCAUAUAGCGACUGAAAAGAUAUCAUAGUCUUUCGCAGUUUUAUCGAGUUAUAAUGGCGUUAUUAUUGUGCAACUAUAUUUAUUCGAAUGUUUUCUUUCAUUGUAAAUACGCUGCAUUUGUGUAGAUAGAGAUGAACAUAUCGCUACCAAAGACAAAUCCAUUUUUUCCAACCGGUUCGUAUUUAUUUAUAUUACAAAAGGUUAAUCGUUGUUCAACGUGUAUUGACUCUCGUCCAGCGGAAGCUAUGUUAUUCUAUCGAGCGUCGAAUAUUUUAUUUUAUGGCGAUAAACCAUCUAUGUGACGACUAAAGUUACUGAAAAAAUGAAUUCGUUCAUAUAUGUAGUUUGAUAGAAUAACAAUACGUAAAUUUCGAAUUAAGCCAACCUCGUCGUUCAAGGGUUAACACAAACAAUCGCGCAAAGAUCAGACAGUUGCUUCUGUAGCAACACUAUAUCCGAACGAAUGGCGACGAAAGCAAAUUUAUACGAAAAUACAUGCGUUGAUGUACGAUCUUUAGCCUCUAAUUUGUUCCUCACAUUUUUCAAUAUUUAAUUAAACGACAUUCUGCGUGCGAAAUUCGA